AUGGCACCCCGCAAACAGCCCAAAACAUGCCAACACACAUCCAUCAUCGUCGACGCUUCAGACUACGGCCGCUCCAGGGCGGGGUUUCUCCGCGUACCCGUUGAGAAACGCGUCGCCGCGACGACGCGGUCAGGGAGGGUUGUGCCGGUUGCGGAUGCCGGUACCUCCAACUCCACUUCCCCCGACUCCAAUAACCCCGGCCGCGGCGCCGAUUCCGGCUCCGGCUCCGGAUCUGGGUCUGACGUCCCCGCACCACCGCUCCCACUCCCGCCCGACCCCUCCACUUUUCCCGGCCCGCUUGUUCUCCCCGACGACGACCUUGCGCUGGAACCGCGGUAUCCGCCGCAGAGUUUGAGGGCGUGGGCCAACGGGGAGUGGAGGAAUCGGAUUACGGGGGGGAAGAGGACGUUGUAUGUUGCUGAUUUUCCGGGGUGCGAGGGGGGUGUUGAUGCGGUUAUGAGGGGGUGGGAUGUCCCUGUUUUGGAGGGUGUUGCGACGAGUGGUUUGGAUGGGAGGUUGAAGCAGCCGAGGGUUGAGGAUGUGGUCUCGUACUUUGAGGCGUUUUAUCAUCCUCUUCCGGUGAGGGUUCUACCUACUGCGUUUAGGUUCGUCAAGUGGGAUGAUGAGGGCGUUCCUCGCGGGAGGGCGAAGGAAAAGCCGUUCAUGGUCGGUCUCGCAACCGGAUCUUCCGCCAACGCAGCAGUUGUCGGAAUCCGAUGCCGUGCCUCCCCUGACGGCCUCGCCAAAUACCAACUCAACCUCAACGACCUCCUCGACGCGCUUUCGGGGGUUCUCCCGGCCGAUGCGUACGCCGCGUGUAUGCUCAUCGCGCAGGAUCUGUACGAAGAUGAAGACGACGAUUUCUGUUUUCGCUUCGGUAUCGGCCUGCGAUGGAUGGGGUUAUGGGGGUUGAGAGGGGGCAUGGGUGGCCUGCGAGUCAUUGUGGGCGGUUUGUGA